AUGUACCUACGCUUAUUACCAUUCGUUAACAAUAAAAUUUUUUCCUUAGCUCUUCGCGAACGAGAGGGUCCUUUAGAUCAACGUUUCGACUUUCUAUUUCCGUGUGAGCGAGCCGCUGCUGGAUAUCUCCGACUAGUUAGAAGAGGCUUACCUCAACUUGAAGCUUUUCUUAAAGGCCGAACGGAUUGUAAGGGGGAAACCGAUGCUGUAGCAGCUCUUAGUGCUAGGGCUCCAUCUCUUCUCGGCACUCUACUUAGGCCUGCUGAACCAGCGCCGCUCGCACAUGCGGACUUUUGGAGCGGCAAUCUUCUAUUUCGAGAAAGGGACGGGGUGAGCGAAUGCAUCGCGUUGGACUGGCAAAUGGUAUCUCUUGGUCGCCCGAUGGAUGACGUAGCACUGCUACUUUUAUCGUCUCUGACGCCAGAAAUGCGAAGAACAAUCGGUGAUUCAUUAAUUGAAGAAUAUGGGGAUCGUUUAGAAGCGGAGUGUAAGCGAUUAGGAGCUGAAACUACGGGUGCAGUGGUCAGAAGGAGUUUAAAGCAGGAUUGGCCAAGAGCAGCUUUAAGAGCUUUGCUCCUUUGCGCGGGAAGUGUGGAUGUAGCGCUAGGGGAACCUCGUGCUGAAGAGCGAUUACUAGAAGCCGUGAGAGACUUGUACUCCCAAGGUGUCCUGGAUUUAAAAGCUGAAUCGGAGCAGUAA